AUGGAUCACAAAAUGCUGUCUUUUUUAGUGCUAUCGUGCUGUAUUCAGUGCAUCUUAGCUAUAGACACAGAGGUAGUGGUCCUAAGAGCGGUGCGCGGGCGCGACGCCCGGCUGCCGUGUGGUCAGGGCAAGGUGUUCCUGGACGGUCCCGACUCCUACGUGUUGUGGUUGAAGAACGACAGGGACUUCCUCUACAGGUUCCCUAAUGACGACACCGAGAGACGUUCAAUAAACCAACUGCCCUCAUCGUCGUGCGCCGGCGCAUCGUGCCCGGAAGACACCUCCCUCCUGCUGAAGAGGGUGGGUGACCUGGACGGCGGCGUGUACCGCUGCCGAGUUCACUACCAGGCGUCACCAUCAGUCGACUAUGUCAUUGACGUCAGAUUAGUGGAUUCCCCCGGGAUUCCCAGGAUCUACGACGAGGCGGGGGACGAGAUAAAGAAAGCAUACGUGGGUCCUCUCAGCCUCGGAUCUGACUUCGCGCUGAUCUGCGAAGUUGAUGAUGAUCAGCCAGACACCCUGGUAUACUGGCGUCGCAACAACGAGGUGAUAGAGCGUGCGCAUACGGCCCGUCCCGGCGUGCUGCGUGCCGAAGUGCGCGUGCGCAACGUAACGCGGGCCGAGCUCGACGCGCACUACGAGUGUCUCGCGCAGAACGCUGACGUCACGGAGCCGUUGAGCGCCAGCGUCGUGGUUAAGAUGUACUUGCCACCACUCAGCGUUGAGAUCCGGCUGAACAACAAUUUCGACUUCGAGGCGGGUCAGCCCAGGGUGGUGGACUGUGUGGUGGUCGGCUGUGUGCCCCCUCCCACCAUCACCUGGCACCUUGGAGACAACCUGCUGAAGCCCAGCGUUCAUAAGGAGCUCCACGACGGCAACUACACAGUAUCCUCGCUGACCCUGGCGCCAUCUCUCCGCGACUCCAAGCACGCGCUGGUCUGCCGAGCCCACAACCCUCACCUGGAGAACGCGGUCUUUGAGGAUAAGGUCACGCUAAAUGUAGGAUAUCGGCCAAUUUGCCUCACGACGCGAGAGGAGACCGUGGGAGCCAUCGAGAGAGAAGCGGAGACACUCACGUGCGUGGUGGACGCGUCUCCAGAACCGCUGCAGUUCAGCUGGACCUUCGCCGACUCCAGGACUCUGUACACCAGCGUCAAGAAAGUGCAGGGCCACCACCACCGCUACUCUUCGACUCUGACAUGGCUGCCGCGCGACGGGGACGUGGGCAUGCUUCUCUGCCGGGCCACCAACUCGUUUGGGGAGCAGAAGAGGCCUUGCAGCUACAACAUAGCCCCGGGUGGGCCCCCGCAGCCGCCGGACUGCGCCGUGCUGAGAGCCUACCCUGACACACUGAGGGUGCAGUGUAAGAAAGGUUGGGACGGAGGCCGCCGUCAGACCAUCCACCUGGAACUCCUGUCCUCCGACGGGACGGUGUCCCUCAACGUGUCUGACACCGCCGGACACUUCCAACUGCCGGACAAUGAUGAGGAGACCAACAUCACCGCGGUAGUCUACGCCAGCAACGCCAGGGGACGGAGUGAGGUCAAGACGAUACAUCUUCACACGCUGAAGCCUUUGGUCGCAUCAGUAACCGAAGACACCCAACCUCGUCCCUGGACGAAAUGGGUGGAGGCGGCUGCCGGGGCGGUCGUGGUCAUCGCAGGACUUGCAGCCACCGUCCUCUGCGUGAGAGCAGUGAGGGCUCGGAGGGGGGGUGCUGACCACAAUCCUGACCUGGUGCCGAGGUCUGAUGGGUCCUUCCACCGGGAGCCCGACUUCGCCCGGGAGGAGCGCGUGGUGGGCACCACCAAUAUCACGGUCAACCAACUCGCCUCCUGUCAGAAUCAAUACUCGCCGUCUCCGGUCCCGUCGUGUCGCGUCUUAGUCGGCUGCGCACACGCACCCGCGCCCGACUCCUGCCCAGCGACACAACAUUCGUAUUACGUUUAAAAAAAACCACAACAUCACUACAUAGUAUAAAACAAAGUCGCUAUUUUAGUCUGUUUGUCUGUAUGCUUAAAUCUUUAAAAUUACGCAACGGAUUUUGAUGCGGUUUUUUGUAACAGAUAGAGUGAUUCAAGAGGAAGGUUUUUAUGUAUAAUAACAUUUAUAAUUUUGCACCCGUGUAAAGCCGGGGUGGGUCGCUAGUUAUUACUAUAAUAAAUAAAUAUACACAAUAGUCUCAAAAAGUGCCGUGUGGUUCCCGGCACCAAUAGAAAAAGAAUAGGACCACUCCAUCUCUUUACCAUGGAUGUCGUAAAAAUCGACUAAGGGAUAGGCUUAUAAA